ACGUGACGAGAUCGUCAGAAUCUGACGCACUCUGACGCUCGACUGAUCUCGCGAGUUGUGAGCAUUGAGUCAGGGGGAAAGGAAAAGGUAUAUGGGUGGGAAAAGGUGCCGUUAUGUGGUAUAUACACAUGGUACAGCUCACCUCAAAACCGACAAAAAGGUGUAUUCUCACCUUGAAGAAAUGCCUUUCCAUUUUGUCCAUCGAAAUGCCAGGAAAAUCGAAUUGUCACUCCCCGGAAAAUAUUGAUAAAUAAAUAAUAAAUAAUUGAAGAGAGUGAAGAAAAAAAAUUUCUCAAUUUUCUUCGGGAAAAUGAACUCCUGAAGCGAUAAAGGUCUUUGAGGUUCGUGGAGGCGUCACACGUGGGACUUUGAUCAUCAUCUCACGUAUUUCGGUGGAAAGACCGUAAUAGGACAAAUGGGAUGGGUCUGAAUGUGUCGGUGUAUGAGGGCGUCAGGUGACAUGGUUGUUGGAUUUUUUUGUACCAGAGGUGGACGAUGAGAAAGCGCGGGAAGGUGAAAUUUUUUAUAGUGUACCUGGUUGUGAUCUUGACACUCUGCAGAUUAGCCGUGGGAAGACACAGAUUGGGACGACGAGAGAAUGUUCUUGGGGAUGAGAAUGUCGGGAGUGUUCUGUUUGACGGAAAUAAUGUUGGAAAAGUUUGCUGGGAAGUUGAGGAACUCGUACUUCUCAAUAGCAGACACAUCUUUCAGGACAUUCUUCCGCAGAUCAGGGUUAUUGACACUCGUAACGAUACUUACAUCGGCCUUUUGAUGGACUACAUGGACAUAUGUCUAGAGGCAGUAAGGGGAUUAACUUCCGGGAAGACUAAGCAUUUAGUUUUAAAGGCCCUGGCUGACACUCUAGCAGGCUAUCUACGGGUUUAUAUCCUCCCCAUGACAAAGAGGUCCUACUACGCUGGUAAUAUCAAGUAUCGAAAAGCUAAGAGGCUGUUUGAUCUUUACGACGAGCUCAAGGUUUUUUUACGGAGUAAUGGAGUUGGAUGGAGAAAACCCAGGGAGUUUCAUCAGCAUCUUGAUGUUACAGCGGUUGAUAUACCCCCCGGGAAAAGUGAUCAGGACUGCACGGGAUUGAUUCUUUAUCCUGGUCCUGAUCGAUCUGUACAAGUUCCCAUGCCCUAUCUCGACGACGAGAGUAAUCCUAACAGCAUAGCACUUCCAUUUGAAGUGGCAAGUCUGUCAUCGCUAUUCAGUGAGGAAUCAGCAUUUGUUCUUGUCAAGUAUUACGCGGCUGGAGAGAAGUGCCUCUCAUCUCGAUCGACAAAGGGACAAUUGGAAAUAUUUCAAAGGCAACUUUUUGAUUGGAUUCAGGAACACGUGAAUCAACACUUGGACGAGGAAAAAUGGUAUCCAGCGUUUGGUGGAGUUUUAAAAAUAACAGCGAGUCUGGAAGCGGCAGGUGUAAAACCGAGUAAAAAUGGCGGACAUCAGACACCACUGAAGAAUUUUGGUGGCAAAGCCAUUCCCAACAUUCUCCAAUUUCCACCCAUGAAUGCCCAGUACGAACUACUCGGAAGGAGAGAACUCGUUAUUGUAGCUGUUGCAAGUGCACUACUAAUUUGGCUAUUACUCGGGAUGAGUCUUAUCUGCUGGAAAAUUCUGGCAACACGCUCACCCAACUCCCUGGAAGACACUCCGGUCGCUGUCCUCUAUGAAAACAGAAAAUAUCCGAGCCCAGAUAUUUCCUCGCCGUCGGAGGGUGGAAUUUUUACUCGUGUGAAAAAACUCCUGCGACGAAAAUCAUCAUCCGUUCCGCGCUGUGACUGCCCGUCCGACGACGACGACGAGUGCGACGAGGAGAGAUGUCUUGGCUCAGUCAGUUACAGUACUGAUGAAAUAGACAGACAAAUGGCGAAUAAAAGACGAAAAAAACGUACAAAGUUUACGUCAGUGCCAUCGAGUACCACCCAACGUCGAUCCAAUGGGAAAUCCUACUAUUCAACGGACGAAUCGACCACCGAGACGAGGGAGCGCACUCCUUGAUGUUCACGUUAGACAAAAGCGUUGAAAAUUUGGUAAACGAAAAAAAAUUUUUUGGAAAAAUGGAGUGAAAUCGGUGGGAAAUUAUACUGAUUUUCUAUUCAACAUUCAAUCAAGAGUUUCACGCACCCGAAAGCUCGAAAAAUUUAAUUUGAAAAAUUCGCUUUCAAUUCUUGUCAGAGGAAUAUUUGAUUGACAGAAUUGCAUUUUUCCGAGUUCGUGAAAAUCUCCUGAUGCGUUCAAUAAAAUCAUUUUCACUGAACCCAUUCCCAUAAAAUAAAUGUGCAAUAAAUUUUCAGUGAAAUUUCACUAGAAAUCCCGUAGAAUUUUCCAUAAAAUUCGCUCUAUUUCUCCUGAAACUUUUCCCCGAGUGCAUUAAAAUCAAUUGCGCCUCCCAUUCCCACUUCUCAUUUAAUUUCUCCGUUUUUCGAAUAGCCCAGAAAUCCUAUUCACCGAGUGGAUCACUUCUGCGACGAUUGCACUCCCCUGUUCCCCC